AUGUCUGGUGUGACUUGUCUGUCAGACUUUGCUGAAGAUGAGAAGUUGCCGGAAGCCUUGCCUAUGUCUCUGGACAUCACUAACUUACUGCUGGUUCUAGAGGAGGACAGACCUUCUUCCAAUCUGACCUCGCCGGGAGGUGUUCCCAUGAACAUCCACAUUCAGCAUCUUUCUGUGGAGAGGGGCAAGGAUGGCAUCUUCUACAUUUCUAGUAACAUACCAUUUGUCCACACUGCCAGCCCUACUCCAGCACCUCCAAAGUCAGAGUAUGCUAAUGCAGUAACGUCCCCGAUCAUGAGUCCUGAUGGCACCAUGGCAUUACUGAUGGCCAGUCAGAAUGAGGCUGUUCUGUUGCGUCGACAGCUAGAAGAGGUCAGGAGAGCUAAUCGUCUGUACGAGCAUCAAAUUCUACAGUGGAGAGAGAUGCAAGAUAGAUUAGUGGGUCAUCGACCAGGUAUGGGAGGUCCCGGGGCAAUGACAACCCGCGGAGCCAUGACCCAGAAACGUCAGAGUUUCACAGCCGACUCCCUUUCCAGCAGCCCUUCUUCCAGCUCCCAUCAUGACCUCGCUAUGGGUCAGUCCAGGUUCCCACGAGAUGACGUUGACCCGGCCAGGGAUGAACUGGAGUGUGAAAAUCUACAGCUACAACAAAGACUUGCCCGAUUGGAAGAUGACCUGCUGACAGUAUCCAAGGAAAAAGAAUCACUGCUUCAGACGCUGCAGUUACUGCAGGAUGAGCUUCUAGCUUCAGAGCGUAAACACAGGACUAGACCCAAAUAG